AUGCCGAUCGCAGUCUCUCCCGAGCGUCCCCCGACAGGCGUUACGCGAUUGACUGGUGGCCGCCUAGUCAAGGGCAACAGACUGGUCCAAGAAGACCUGUGGAUAUCAUCCGUAACCGGCAAGAUCUUACACAGCCAAGAAGUCUUCUACGAGCACCAUGUGGUCCCCGACGAAGUCAUUGAUUUGGAGGGAAAGAUUCUGGCGCCGGGAUUCAUUGACGUGCAAUUCAACGGCGCCUUCGGAUACGACUUUUCCACGAUCCCAGAAGACAUGACUGAGUACGCCAAAGGCCUGAAGCGGCUGAACAGACAUUUGGUCAGAACGGGCGUCACGAGCUAUCUGCCUACGAUACCAAGCCAGAAGCCUGAGGUAUAUCACAAGGCGCUGCCGUACCUCGCGCCAAGUGGUGCCAGCAGAAAUGCGCUGGAAGGCUCCGAGAGCUUGGGCGCGCACUGCGAAGGACCGUUCAUCUCACGGACGAAGAACGGCAUUCACAACCUGGAAGUGCUGCAAGAAGCACCGAAUGGGUUCACUGAUUUUGAAUCCUGCUAUGGUGCGGAAAACCUGACCCAGGACAGCAGAUCGCCCAUCACAAUGAUCACAGCGGGCCCUGAAGUUCCGGGCGUCGACUCACUCAUCCCAGAAGUCACCAGGCGUGGCAUUGUGUUCUCCAUUGGACACACCGAAGCAACAUACGAGGAAGCAACCGCGGCGAUUCAAAAUGGUGCCACUAUGGUGACACACCUGUUCAACGCAAUGCGACCAUUGCACCACCGCAAUCCUGGUGUUUUUGGUGUCUUGGGCAAAGCGGAAGAGAACCAACGUCCCUACUUUGGAAUCAUCUCAGAUGGAAUCCAUCUCCAUCCAACGACUGUAAACAUCGCCUGGAAUGCGCACCCAGACGGCUUCAUCCUGGUCACUGAUGCGAUGAAGACGGUCGGACAACCCGACGGCGUGUACGACUGGACAAAUGGCGACCGAUUUGUGAAGAAAGGUUCUCUACUUACUCUAGAGGGCACUGACAAGAUUGCCGGUUCUUCCGCAAGUUUGAUCGAGUGUGUCAGCAAUUUCUGGACUUGGAGCCAUGCCCCCAUCCCUGAUGUUAUCAAGGCAGUCACCUUCACGCCUGCGAAAAUGCUAGGGCUUGAAAGGAUGAAGGGCACACUUGAUGCGGACGCGGACGCGGACCUCUUGGUGCUGGAUGCACGAGAAGAAGCCGACGGCAAACGAGUCUUCGAUGUGGAACGGGUCUGGAAAUUUGGGGUCAUGGUGCACGACAAGAAUAAUGAGGCUCACGGUGUAUAA